UCCUCUUCUGGAGCGCGCACUGAUAUGUGCACGGCUCAAACUUCCUCGUACCAGUCCAGUGCGCUGCGCCGCGUCCGCAUCUUCAGCCACAAGCCGACAGAGUGACAACUUCUGCGAGACAAUGGAGCCCACGGAGAAGGAGUGAGGAUUAUCCUUUUUUACGGUCAGAAAAGUCGAGAAGAGCGUCUAUCCGAGCGUAGAAGUAGCCGUGGAAGCGUGUUGAAACCCGAAGCAACCAUGGGAUGUGUGGGCUCGAAGAAGGAGCAGCAGCCUCUGGGGAAAGAGACGGGCGACAGCGACCAGCAGAGCAGCGCCCUGACUACCCACUACGUCAAAGACCCCACCGCGGGAAACUCAGGAAGCAAAGCUAAAAAAAUGGGGUCCAGUACAAACUCUUCCAGUGGCACCGUAGGAGAGAGCGUUGCCAUGGCGCUGUACGACUACGAAGCCAUCCACGAAGGCGACCUCGGCUUCAAGAAGGGCGAUAAGCUCCGAAUCCUCGAGGAGUCAGGGGAGUGGUGGAAAGCUAAGUUAAUUAGUUCGGGUCAAGAGGGCUUCAUCCCCAGUAAUUAUGUGGCCAAAGACACUCUGGAGGCUGAGGAGUGGUUCUUCAAGGGCGUGAGCAGGAAAGAUGCGGAGAGGCAGCUGCUGGCCCCGGGGAACAGAGCGGGAUCCUACAUGAUCCGAGACAGCGAGACCACCAAGGGCGACUACUCCUUGUCUGUGAGGGACGGCGACUCCCAGUCCGGGGACACGGUCAAGCAUUACAAGAUCCGUACGCUGGACAACGGAGGAUUCUACAUCUCUCCGCGCAACACCUUCACCACCCUGCAGGAGCUGGUCAGCCAUUACAAGAAGCAGGGAGAUGGCCUCUGCCAAAACCUCACCAGCCCGUGCUUGAGCCCCAAACCAGAGAAGCCGUGGGAGAAAGACGCCUGGGAAAUCCCUAGGUCCUCACUCAAAAUGGACAAGAAGCUGGGUGCUGGCCAGUUUGGAGAAGUCUGGAUGGCUACGUACAACAAGCACACCAAAGUGGCAGUGAAGACCAUGAAGCCUGGCACCAUGUCAGUAGAAGCCUUCAUGGGCGAGGCCAACCUGAUGAAGACUCUGCAGCACGACAAACUGGUCCGUCUCAAUGCUGUGGUUAGCAAGGAGGAGCCCAUCUAUAUCAUCACUGAGUACAUGGAGAAAGGUAGUUUGUUAGACUUCCUGAAGAGCGAUGAAGGCAACCGCCUCCAGCUGCCAAAGCUCAUCGACUUCUCUGCCCAGAUCGCAGAGGGUAUGGCCUACAUCGAGCAGAGGAAUUACAUCCACCGAGACUUGAGAGCUGCCAAUAUCCUGGUCAACAAGGCUUUGGUGUGCAAAAUCGCAGACUUUGGCCUCGCUCGCAUCAUUGAGGACAACGAGUACACGGCCAGGGAAGGAGCCAAAUUCCCCAUCAAAUGGACAUCCCCUGAGGCCAUCAAUUACGGCUCUUUCACCAUCAAAUCUGACGUGUGGUCCUUUGGCGUCUUGCUGACUGAGAUCAUCAGCUACGGACGUACACCAUACCCAGGGAUGACCAACCCAGAGGUGAUCCGUGCCCUGGAGAAGGGCUACCGGAUGCAGCGCCAGGACAGCUGUCCCACCGAACUCUAUGACAUCAUGCUGGAGUGCUGGAAGAACAAGCCCGAGGACCGUCCCACCUUUGAUUACCUGCAGAGUGUCUUGGAGGAUUUCUACACCGCCACAGAGAGCCAGUACCAGUCGCAGCCAUGAGGCUGAACAUUCACUGUCUUACUCUUAUAAUGCUGUUCCUUUCAUACUUUAAUAGCGCGUCCAGUUUCAGACCACACAUACUCUCUCUCUCUCUCUCUCUCUCUCUCUCCAUCUCAUUCACGCAAAUGUAAUGUUGUGUAACAAAGGUCUUCACAAAAUUAAUUAUAUGUUAUAGGAAGCUAAGCAUCACUUAUCCAAACAUGUUUUAUAUUUCAUUUUGUCUCCUUACUUUGAAUGAAUUAUUUUUAAGUGAUACAACCCUGCAGAAGAGAAAGGAAUGCAAAAUACUGAAGCAAUGUUAACCUUUUAUUUAAUGUACAUGCUAGUAAAUGCUUUAUUAACAUGCAAGCUCAACUUAACACUUAACUAUUUGUAAGGCUUUAUUACAAGGACCAUAAUGCAAUACAAGUAUUAUAUAAUGACCUAUAAUAUCAGGUAUCAUAAUACUUUCUAAUUACUGUUCACUCACUGAAAUGCUUUUAGCAAAGACCAUGUCUAUUAUUAUUGCCAUGUUGGUCAUCGUUGUAAUAUUUUUAUAAUGCCUGAUAAUAGCUGUUAUAAUACAUUACAACCCCUGCUAGCAUGCGGAGUAUCACUAUUACAAUGCAAUCAUUGUUAUUUGAUUAUAAAUUGGAGAUAAAUUAGGGAUGAAAAUAUAUCAUUAAAUCUAUGCAAGACAACACAGAAAGCAUUGGAUUAUUGUAUUACAUUUUUUUUACUUUACUUGAAGCACACAAUGCCGCUUUACAAAUUAUGGACAGGCUGCUCAAACAUUUUCAUAAACCAAAAAAUAAAUAAAAAGCCAUGUUUUUGUGAACUUUCAUCCCAUAGUCCAAAGCAUUUGAACAGGUUUGAAUGUGUUUUACAUAACAUGUAAAAGUAGGGGUCCAUGAUAUGACGUCUUGCACACAAAAUAUUAUUUCACCAAAGGACUCGGCAAACCCCGAAAGCAUGAACCUUUCGCCGUGCCUGGUUUGCAAAUAAAUAAAUACAAUUAUUUGGGAAUAGGUUUUAUAUUGAAGUCAUUAUGACAGAUAAUGCUUAUUUAUCCUUUUUUGCUCAGUAAACAUUUGUUCUGUAUUUUGGAACCAAAUGAAAAAAAGCAGUAGAAACAGAUUUCCCACAUUAUAGGCCUUCUUGCUUUCUGUGUUAAAAAAAUAAUUUAUUUGUGCAAAUGGUACUGGAUAUUAGUGUAACUUAAAUCGAAUGAUCUUUCCAAACUGCCUUUUAUUUUUUUCAUUAAAAAUAUUUAAUUCUUUGUUUUUUUCUGCACUGUUUAGAUAAUGUGAAUGUUGAUUUGUUAGAAAUAGCAAUGAUUUUUGUGAACCAAAAUCCUUUCAAUUUUAAAGGGAAUAUUUUGAAGUAUUUAAGACGUUAUUUUAGGAUUUGGUUGUCCAUAUAAAAACUGAGAGACGCUUUUUUUAAGGUACAUUUUCAAGUACUUUGCAUAGUUUGUUAGAUGCUUGUCUCAAUGUAACUGUAUUGACCAUUUUCAAAUAAA